GGACUACUGAUAGGAUCCACUAGAUGCUUCGAAGCGCCGGAUAAAGACCACUCUUUGUACGCAGAAUACGCACAGAUUCGACGGCUGUAUAGAAAAGAGCGUGAAACGUAGGAAGAAUAAUAGCAAAGAAAGAUUCAAGUAACUCCCUCAAAUAUGCCACAAGAAGGCAAAGUACAUAAACAUGUAAGCAAAAGACAUUUGUACCGUUGUGCUAAGGAACAAACAAAAAUAGAUAUACAGUUGUUACUGACAAAAGUACAAUCCAGUAUCAAAGACACAAAUGGACAGUGGGUACGGGAUGUUGCAAAUGAUAAUUUCCAAGCGGAGAAUGUUUUCUCUGUUAAGUUUCGUAGAGCCGGAAGCGCCCGAGGUUGUACCAACAGCAUGGUUACAUGAAGAAAAAUUGACAGUGAAAUGGCCACCAUAUGAUGACACCAGACAAAUAUGGAAAGCAAUAAUGAAUCGUGAUAACUCACAAGAUAAUUGGCAAACGUAUUCCUACGAAAAAAUGUUGUUCCUAAGUGACGAUUACAAUGAAACUUUGCAGAAAAGAAAAGAUGCUGAAAUGUUUUCAGAUGUUGAUAGUGAAGAGAAAAUGAGAAAAAGCCGAAGCACUCGUCAUAAAAAAUAUCUGUCAGAUUUUGAAAUCGAUGAUAUUGUUGAAAAGAGUCCAGAUAUCAACAAUGAAGCAAAGCGAAAUCCUAAACAUGAAUCAGUAUGUAUAAGAGAACGAGAUGAUAUGCCAUAUACUGAAGACAUCAUCGUGCCAGCAAAAAGUAAUCACCGAAAGGUGUCUGCAGAUACUGAAAACAAUACGAAAGCAAAAAACGAUGCAGUUGAAACAGUAACUAUUACAAAACGAAUUGAUAUACCAUAUACUGAAGAUAUUAUCGUGCCAGCUCUAAUUCAUUCUGGCCCCAUAGAAACUUUAUCAGGAAAAGAGUGUGGAAAUACAAGAAUUUUAACUGACAUCCAAAACAAAAAUUCUGUACACGUAAAUGAGAAAUCAAGUCGUAAACGUGCCGUAGAAUGCAAUGAAAACGAAUAUUUCAUUUCAACUACAAGCAGUAGGAGAGCAAAAAAUGAUACAAUUGAAUCAAUAUCUAAAUAAAAACGAAUUGAUAUAUACAGAUAUAUACAUUGAUAUAUACAGAUGAUAUUGUCGUGCCAGCUCGAAAUCUUUGUAGUACUGAGAAUAACAAUUCUGCUAGUAACGACAUUACAUUAAAUGCAGCACAGGACGUAGAUAGAGCAAAUCUACUCAUGGAUACAUUAAAGAUUAUUAUUACAAAACAAAAUAAACUUUCACUCCAAAGUGACAUAAUAUUAAAUAAGCUUUCGGCGAUGGAGAACAGACAAUUACAUCAUGCGGUUGCAGGUUCAGCAGGUUCGUGCAAUACUUUGCACGAGCAUAUGAACGUUGAAUACGAGCGCCGUGCAUUUCACGAGAAAUUUGAAUUAAAAACAUUAAUGUGUCAAUAACUAUACCCCUGCCAAUCGAAAAGAUGUCCUACCAUUUUAUUGUCCACAACUACGCAGUACAAUCGCAUGAUACUUCAGCAACUGAGGAGCAAAUAAAAAAUGCAAUAGCGAGUUGGUUGGACAAUUCCAAUUUCGCGUUUAAAGAAUGAACAAAAGAGAUGCAAUCAACCUGCACAAUUAAACACGCAAUAUGAUGAUGAUGAUGAUAGCGAUGAUGACUAACUUCGCCGUGACUCACUUUUUCUUUAAACUAUAUAUAUUACUGUGUUGAAUAAUAUAUAUA